AGAAGAAAGAAAAACCAACACUUGAUCAACUUUCAAAUGAGUAUUAGCAUUGGACUGUAAUCGAAAUGGAAAGUAGCUGUAAUGAGAACAGAGUGAUUAGUGGGCGUGCGACAAGCUUCAGCAUCUGGAGAAAUACUACAAUGGAAGCUUUCUCAAAUUGUGAAGAUCACUAUGAAGACGAUGAAGAAGCUCUUAAAUGGGCUGCUAUAGAAAAGUUGCCUACUUAUUUACGUAUAAGGAGAGGCUUACUCAAUGAGGAAGAAAUUGAUGUAAACAGCUUAGAUUUAACAGAGAAAAGAAAUUUAUUAGAGAGGCUGGUGAAAAUUGCAGAAGAUAACAAUGAGGAGUUUUUGUUGAAGCUCAAGGAUCGCAUUGACAAAGUUGGAUUGGAAAUGCCAACGAUUGAAGUCCGGUUUGAGCAUUUAAAUGUUGAAGCUGAAGCUUAUGUUGGAAGCAGAGCUUUGCCUACAAUGUUCAAUUUCUCAGUUAAUAUAUUUGAGGGAUUCUUGAACUUUCUUCACAUUCUUCCAAGCAGAAAGAAGCCGUUACCGAUACUCCGUGAUCUUAGUGGAAUCAUAAAGCCACAAAGAAUGACACUUCUGUUAGGACCCCCAUCCUCAGGCAAGACCACUCUUCUUUUGGCUUUGGCUGGAAAACUCAGUAAAGAUCUAAAAUCUUCAGGAAGAGUUACAUAUAAUGGACAUGGAAUGAAAGAGUUUGUACCACAGAGAACUUCAGCCUAUAUAAGUCAAUAUGAUCUUCAUAUUGGAGAAAUGACUGUCAGAGAAACUCUGGCUUUCUCUGCAAGAUGUCAAGGGGUUGGAGCUCGUUAUGAGAUACUAGCAGAAUUAUCAAGAAGGGAGAAGGCAGCAAAUAUCAAACCAAAUCCUGAUAUUGAUAUUUUCAUGAAGGCAGCUGCUCUAGAAGGGCAAGAGGCUGAUAUAAUGACAGAUUAUAUUCUAAAGAUUUUAGGACUGGAAUCAUGUGCCGAUACCAUGGUGGGUGAUGAAAUGAUACGAGGCAUCUCUGGUGGACAGAAGAAGCGUGUCACAACUGGGGAGAUGCUGGUUGGACCUGCAAGAGCACUUUUCAUGGAUGAGAUAUCAACGGGUUUGGACAGCUCUACUACUUUCCAGAUUGUGAACUCACUGAGACAAACAAUCCACAUUCUCAAUGGAACAGCCAUUAUUUCUCUUCUCCAACCAGCACCAGAAACAUUUGAUCUUUUUGAUGACAUAAUUCUUCUCUCAGAUGGACAAAUAGUGUAUCAAGGUCCGCGUGAAAAUGUGCUCGAGUUCUUUGAACACAUGGGCUUCAGAUGUCCAGAGCGGAAAGGAGUUGCUGACUUCUUGCAAGAAGUAACAUCAAGAAAAGAUCAAGAGCAGUAUUGGGCAAGUAAAGAUGAACCUUAUAGCUUUAUUUCCGUAAAGGAAUUGGCUGAAGCAUUUCAGUCAUUUCACAUUGGGCGAAAACUAGGUGAUGAACUUGCUACACCAUUUGACAAAUCCAAAGCACAUCCUGCUGCUAUAACAACUAAAAAAUAUGGUGUCAGCAAGAAUGAACUCUUGAAAGCUUGUAUUUCAAGAGAACUUUUACUCAUGAAGAGGAACUCAUUUGCCUACAUUUUCAAAAUGUUCCAACUUAUUAUUAUGGCUUUCAUAACAAUGACAAUAUUUCUGAGGACGGAGAUGCACAGAAACACAGUAGAAGAUGCUGGGGUAUACUUUGGCGCUCUCUUCUUUGGAGUCAUGACAAUCAUGUUCAAUGGAUUAUCGGAGCUUGCAAUGACUGUCAUUAAACUUCCUGUUUUCUACAAGCAAAGAGACCUUUUGUUUUAUCCUUCAUGGGCUUAUGCGUUGCCCACAUGGAUUUUGAAGAUCCCGAUCAGCUUUGUAGAAGUUGCCAUUUGGGUGAUUUUGACAUAUUAUGUUAUGGGCUUUGAUCCUAACGUCGGAAGAUUUUUCAAGCAGUACCUGAUACUCCUAAUGACUAACCAGAUGGCUUCCUCACUGUUUCGACUGAUAGCAUCACUUGGAAGAAAUUUGAUUAUAGCAAACACAAUUGCCAUAUUUUCUUUACUUGCCAUUCUAGUUCUGAGCGGAUUUGUUCUAUCACGAGAUGAUGUGAAGAAAUGGUGGAUAUGGGCUUAUUGGUCGUCCCCAAUGAUGUAUGUGCAGAACGGAAUUAGUGUGAAUGAAUUUCUUGGGAGCAGUUGGAAUCAUAUUCCUCCUAAUUCAACAGAAUCAUUAGGAGUUACUUUCUUGAAGAACCGUAGAAUUUUCCCUGAAGCAUAUUGGUACUGGAUUGCUGUUGGAGCUUUGACAGGAUAUAUUUGCCUAUUCAAUUUCCUUUUUACUAUGGCCCUGAAAUAUCUAAAUCCAUUUGAGAAGCCUCAAGCUAUACUUUCAGAAGAAGCCCUUUCUGAUAAAAAUCCUAACAGAACUGGAGAAUCUAUUGAACUCUCGGGUAGGUCACAGUACACUCCACUUGCUUGCAUUGUUUCAUUUCCUACCAUUUAUGUGAAAUAUAAUACUAAUAAAUUAAUAAAUGUACACACAGAAAGAGGGAAUGCUAGCCAAAGAAAUGUCUCUACCAAGGCAUCUUCUGCAAGAGUGAGCAACUUAAGCAACGGCAACCGAGACAGGAAGAGAGGCAUGGUUCUCCCAUUUCAACCGCUUUCCAUCUCUUUCGACGAGAUUAGAUAUGCUGUCGACAUGCCUCAGGAAAUGAAAUCUCAAGGUAUUACUGAGGAUCGCCUCCAACUUUUAAAGGGUGUUAGUGGUGCUUUCAGGCCAGGAGUCCUAACAGCACUAAUGGGUGCUAGUGGUGCUGGCAAGACUACCCUAAUGGAUGUCUUGGCAGGAAGAAAAACUGGAGGUUACAUUGAGGGACACAUUACAAUAUCUGGAUACCCAAAGAAGCAACAGACUUUUGCUCGAAUUUCAGGAUACUGUGAGCAAACUGACAUUCACUCCCCACAUGUUACUGUUUAUGAAUCAUUGCUUUAUUCUGCAUGGCUACGACUACCUACUGAGGUUAAUUCUAAUACAAGAAAGAUGUUCAUUGAGGAAGUUAUGGAGCUUGUAGAACUGACCUCUUUAAAAGAAGCACUUGUUGGAUUGCCUGGAGUAAACGGUCUUUCAAUUGAGCAACGUAAGAGGCUGACAAUUGCAGUUGAACUUGUUGCCAACCCUUCUAUUAUUUUCAUGGAUGAGCCAACCUCAGGCCUUGAUGCUAGAGCAGCGGCAAUAGUUAUGAGAACAGUGAGGAAUACUGUGGACACUGGGCGAACUGUGGUGUGCACAAUACACCAGCCGAGCAUUGACAUUUUUGAUGCUUUUGACGAGUUAUUUUUGCUGAAAAGAGGAGGCCAAGAAAUUUACGUUGGUCCUGUUGGACGCCAUGCUUGCCAUCUGAUUAGAUAUUUUGAGGAAAUUGAGGGAGUUGUUAAGAUAAAGGAUGGUUAUAACCCUGCAACUUGGAUGUUAGAAAUUACAACAGCAGCACAAGAAGCAGCUCUUGGGAUAGAUUUCAAUGAUAUAUACAAAAAGUCAGAACUAUACGGGAGAAACAAAGCAUUGAUCAAGGAAUUAAGCAGACCUACACUAGGUUCAAAAGACCUGUACUUCCCAACUCGAUAUUCACAGCAAAUUUUAACUCAAUGUACGACUUGCCUUUGGAAGCAGCAUUGGUCAUACUGGCGAAACCCAACAUACUCUGCAGUGAGACUCUUAUUCACAACAUUCAUAGCUUUAAUGAUGGGAACAAUUUUCUGGAAUUUAGGCACCAAAAGAAGUAGGAUACAGGAUAUUAAUAAUGCAAUGGGUUCCAUGUAUGCUGCUGUCCUUUUCUUAGGAUUUCUAAAUGCUUCAUCGGUUCAGCCAGUAGUAGCUGUCGAAAGAACAGUAUUUUAUAGAGAAAGAGGUGCUGGGAUGUACUCUGCAUUACCAUAUGCCUUCGGACAGGUUGUGAUAGAACUACCAUACAUUUUUGUGCAGACUAUAACAUAUGGAAGUAUAGUGUAUGCAAUGAUAGGGUUUGAAUGGACAAUAAGCAAGUUCAUUUGGUAUCUCUUCUUCAUGUACGUAACCUUUUUAUACUUCACUUUGUACGGAAUGAUGACCGUUGCGGUUACACCCAACCACAGCAUUGCUGCUAUAGUUGCCACUGCCUUCUAUGCAAUAUGGAACCUUUUCUCAGGAUUCAUCGUUCCUCGAACGAGGAUUCCUGUCUGGUGGAGGUGGAACUACUGGGCUUGCCCUGUCGCCUGGACAUUGUAUGGAUUGGUUGCUUCACAAUAUGGAGACGUAACGGAACAAUUAGACAGUGGUGAAACUGUGCAACAUUUCUUAAGGAAUUAUUUCGGGUUUGAACAUGACUUCAUCGGUAUUGUUGCUGUUGUUCUUGUCGCAAUAUGUGUGCUCUUCGGAUUCAUAUUUGCCUUGUCUAUCAGAGCAUUUAACUUCCAGAAAAGAUAGUCAUUUUUUGCAUACAUGAAUACAAGGCCAUUCUAAUAGAGGCUUCUUAUGAAAUAUUGGCAAAAUUCAACAAGUUAUAUUCAUUAAAAAAAAAGUAGCUCUACAAUUUUACUCAA